AUGGCUUCCACCGUCCACUUCCUGUCUGAAGAGCAGUUCCUCUGCUCCCUGUGCACGGAGGUCUUCACCGACCCCGUCUCCAUCCCCUGCGGCCACAGCUUCUGCCUGGCCUGCAUUACAGAGCGCUGGCUGAGCCUCCACACCUGCAGCUGCCCCAGGUGCAACACCGUGUUCCCUGGUCACCCGGACCCCCGCCAGAACCCCUUCGCCCGGGAGAUGUCGGAGGAGAUCCGGGCGAGGAGACGGAACGGAGGAGUGCCCGUCCUCAGACCAGGGGACGUGGCGUGUGACGUCUGCACCGGGACGAAGCUCCGAGCCCUGAAGUCCUGCCUGGUGUGUCUGACCUCCUACUGUGAGACUCACCUGGAGCCUCACCAGAGAGUGGCCACGCUGAAGGUCCACCAGCUGGUCGACCCUGUGGAGAACCUGGAGGACAGGAUGUGUAGGAAGCACCAGAGGCUCCUGGAGAUGUUCUGCAGGAGCGACCAGACGUGUGUGUGUGUGCUGUGUGCGGAGACCGACCACCGGGGGCACCACACCGUCCCGGCAGAGCGAGAGAGCGCAGAGAAGAAGGCUCAGAUGGAGAGGGCUGAGGUGGAGGUGCUGCAGAUGAUCCAGACCAGAGUGAAGAAGGUGGAGGAGAUCCAACACUCAGUGGAGCUCAGCAGGACGAACUCAAGGAAAGCGAUGGAAGACAGCGCAAAGCUCUUCGGCGCUCUGAUGACCGCCGUGGAGAGAAGCCUGGCCGAGCUCACCCGGGGGAUGGUGGAGAAGCAGAAGGCAGCGGAGAGGAGAGCCGAAGACCUUAGGUUCCCCUCCCUCACCCGCCCUCCUCCCACUAAGGACUGGUCUGACACCAGCGUCCACUCCCACCAGUGUGUGGGGACGCUGAGGUCCAAAGUGUCCCAGUUAGAGGGGAUGUUGAAGGCAGCCCAGACCAAACAGGCCAGAAAAGAGCACGAGAUAGUCCAGCAGUAUGCAGUGGAAGUGAGUCUGGACCCACGCUCAGCCAACCCGUGGCUGGUCGUGUCCCGUGACAGGAAAAGGGUCUGGGACGGAGACAGAGAGCAGGAGAACCUUCCGGAAGGCCCCCGGCGCUUCGACACGGCGCCCUGCGUCCUCGCCAUGCACGGCUUCACCUCUGGGAGGCGCUACUGGGAGGUCGAGGUCGGCGACAAGACGGCCUGGGAUCUGGGCGUGGCUAGAGAGUCCGUCAACAGGAAGGGCGUGGUCACCCUCAGCCCCGAGGAUGGCUAUUGGACAAUCUGCCUGAGGAAGGGGAGUGAUUACAGGGCGUGCGAUUGGCAGUCGCUCCUCCUGCCAAUCAGAGAGAAGCCCUGGGUCGUGGGCGUGCUAUUGGACUACGAGGAAGGGGUGGUGUCUUUUUACGAUGCAGGAAAGGCUUCGCAUAUCUACUCUUUCAUUGGCUGCUCCUUCACUGGGAGGGUGUUUCCUCUCUUCAACCCUGACAUGAGUGACAGCGGGGACAACAAAUCAGCUCUCGUUAUUCGUCCCGUCGCCCCCGGCAUCGCAGACAGGGGCGGGACUUUUGACGGCGUCACAUUUUGA